UAUUUCGGGUGAUUUGUCCGUCACAAAGCUCCCCAUCUUGGAUAUUUCGUUUUCUGUGGUUCCGUCAGAUCCAUGUCUACAACCCGGCAAAGAUAAACUAAGAAGCGGGUACCUACUUUCUAUUUCCGGAACACUAACUAUCAACACAAAAUUCAGUUUCCUUCCCCGGGAAGAGUCUUGGACGGCAACAAUGGCUUCGCGUCGCUGAAAAAGUUGCUAGCUUAACACAGUGGUAGUCCCUAGCUUGGAGCUAACAUUAGCAAAUAGACUAAUGAAGCGAUCUAAACAUUUUUGAUGAUGUAAGGACUUUGUUCCUUCUCGGAGUCACCAGCGUAACAAUGGACAUCUAAAUGAUUUGGACCAUUAUAUUAAACGGUCAAUGGGUGAGAUGAGGAGUAGUAAGAGGGCUCUGCCCAUUGGCGUCACGGAUCCUCAGCACACAGAUAACAACAUUGAUACAGAUCUAACAACUGCAUGGAGCAGUUUGCCUCAGUCCAAAGCCGCUCUGCGACGAAUAGAAAACCAUGUGGAGGCCGUUCCCGGAACAACAGCGCUCCUCCUCUCUGUCAUGGACCCGCCCAAAAAGAAACUAUCUGUAUCAGUCCGCAGCAGAGAUGAGACGAGGGGGUCCUUAAAGUCCAAAGAGCAUCGGCGCUCAAGUUCCAAAAAGAGACGCUCGCGCAGCCCGCUAAGAAACGCCACCCAAGACAGCAAUGUCGGCCAGGACAACAGUAUGGCCCUCAGGGAACAGCUGGCUUCCUACAGGGAGACCGCCCCUCCAUCACAACCCUCAUCUCAGCUGGAGGCCUGCAGGCUGCAGUCAAUGUCAGGACCUCUCUCCCCAUCCUCAGACGCUGAAUUUAGUAAGCCCGUCUACCAGAAAGACUUUUGGGACAAGCGGACAGAUGGGGACGAGGACAUUGCACAUUCGGAAAACAGUAUAGAGGUCUGUUACUUGGACGACCCGCCCACCGCAGACACCCCGCAGACCUCUGCCGACCCGUCACAUGCAAUAAGUUCAGUCCUGGCCAGGGAGACGAGCAGUCCCGAGGCACAAAUCACCCAGAACAUGGAUCUUCAGUCCAGUCCGUUUCUACCUCCUGCCUCUGACUUGCUAUGUAGAUGGGAAAACUCCCCCUCCACCAGUCCUGGCUCGGAUUGCCAGCGUUUGGAAAACCUAAGGCGACACCAACCGGACGAUAAGCUUGAAAAGCUCAAAGAGCGCAUCCGAAGGCAGAUCAAACAUCAGGAGGAGGCUGCAGAGAAGGAAAAAGUGUUGAACCGUCUUGAGCAGCCCAUAACGGCCAACAAUAACAAAGGCGGCACUGCAGCAAAAAUAAGGAAGGUAGCGGCUGCACCACAAGCGCCUACUUACAAAGGCUUCAGCAAAACUGAGGCAAGGACGCGUACUACUCAUGGGAAUUCGUUAAAAGAAGAGGAUCUUCUCAGUUUAAACAGGGACGCGCUAAAAGACCCCGUAAAGCAAUCUGCCGAAAGAACAACACCCAGGCCGCAACGAGAUAGGUAUCGUCACGUACAGCAAGAAGCUAAACCAACCAGGAAAAUCCACAAAGCUGCCUCUGGCCAAAAUGCAAAAACUGUGAUUACGCCUGCUUCCUGGCGGGAGGGCUUGAAGCUGGUAAACCAGGUACUUGGUGCAGCUCCUAAGCAAAGCAGGGAGAAGAGGCACCAUCUCGAUGACAAACUGCAACAAACAGCUUCCCAUCGGCGGUCCUACGUUGACAAAAGCUCUGAAGCAAACCUCCUCCGUCGCUCAAGAAGCACAGACAGAAGUCGCAGUGAAUUGCACGCUCAGUCCAAAAGCUACUCCAGAUCCAAUUCGAACCCCUCAGCCGCUUGUCCAGUGCCUUUAGGCAAAGACCUCUUGUCAGCUGAUAUCCGGGCUAUAUUUGAUGACCCACGACUUGAGUGCAAAACAGCCGAGGAGGAGGACGAUCGGUCUCGGCCAUUAUCUGGACGAGGUAAAGGUGGUCAGCGUGGGAAAGCAAGGUCAUUGUCUCAAACAAGGACUCCGCUCUCCUUCUGGGGAAGCACCGUGCCAACACAUGUCCCCUCAAAAGGCAGCCGUAGUGCCAACCCCUCCCCACAUCGACAAGGGUCCACAAAUGAGGCUGAAAGUCAGUUGAAGAAGCGCCACUACGAUUCAGACAAAAUCCGUCAGUACAUCGUUAAGCAAAAAGAGGAUCGAAAAAGACGACAGGCAGAAGAAAAGAAAUCUUUGCGGGAAGAGUCGGAGAGGAGAAACCAGCGGCUUCAGGAGCUCUACAGGAGGCAAAAGGAAAUGGCGAAAACUGUAGUCACUCCCACCGAGGCAACUUCAACAACGCCUUGGCAGAAACGAUUUAGGGACGAGACCUACAACUGGAUGGAUGAGAGUCAUCUUGGCGAGGCCAUGCAGAUGGAGUCUUCUGCUGUGUCACAUCAACUGAGACCACUUUACCAACCUUCUGGCGAGUCUGAUAAAGAAAAUAAGAGGUUGGAAGUACCACAGAGCCCCUCGAGCAGUGACAGGUCUUUGACCAACGAUCAGCUAUCUCCUCACUUAACAAGGGGUGAUUUGGAUGGUGGAGUUCCCUCUCGACUUAAUCCAUCUGUUCAGUCCAUCUCCGUCUCCAGCCCAGGUGCUCUUGGGUAUGCAAAUUACGACCCUCACCUUUCUCAACCUGUGAGGCCAGAGAACGCAAUGGUAGCUGGUGACAUUCAGCCCACCAUUGCAGAAGCCGCCACCUGGUCUCAGUCAAGAAAGUCCCGCUUCGACGCCCUCAAGGCCACAGCCAUCUCGCUCUCUAAUCGCAUAGAGAGCGAAGCCCGGCAGAUUGCCCGGGUUGGAAUCAACUUUGGGGAAGCAACUUCAUUGGACGCUGAUAUUUUGGCUCCAAUGUCCACUCGGGCUGAUCUCGAUGAAAGAGGCGCGGCGCCCGGGCCUGGCACAUUCAAAAGUGAUGAUUUGACGUCGAGAAUUCAGAGACUUAUAACAAGCGCAGGUCUUAGUCCAUGCCAUAGUGCCUCUCUUCCGGGAGCUGGGAAUUUGCACGCCUUCAAAGGACAACCACAAGAAAUUCCUGCUGAUGGACUAGAAAGGAACCCAGUCAAUGGCUUAGAGAGAACAGAUGACGUGCCUCCUUUUAGACCCUCUCGAGCAGCUGAGGACAACAAGGAGAAUCGACAUGACUCAAGUGGCGGUUCGAUCAGUGAGGGUACCAUACUGAGUGAGGGGAGCUUCAGUAAGGAUGAAAUGAGCCCGCCACAACCUCCCAACAAUCAUGUUGCCAAAUUAACAGGUGGCUACAAUGAAACAACUGUUCAAAGAAUAGAAGUACAGCGCCUCACUGACUUUCAGAAGGAGGCUGCCAAAUGCUUGGCCCUCACGUCACCAUUAAUUCCUCAGAACAGUCCCAAAAUGCCCUGGGAGGAGUUGAACAAGGGAGACCCUUACAGUGUAAUCAACAUUUACUUAAAGAACCUCAAUGUUAAAGUGAGUGACAGGAAUUCUCCAGCCGUUGACUCUUUUCAAUCCGGAGAUUCCCACAGAGACGCAGCGGCCUAUGAAGAUGACUUUGUGUCGUUUCAUAGUAGCCAACAGUCAAAGAACAGUUCCAGUCCACACAGUAUGGCAAUGGACAGUAAAAAGUCUCCACCAUCCCGGGGAAGACUGGCUUCUCCUUUGGCCUUUCCCGAUUUGGGUUUGACUCAAGCCGCAACCUCUCUCAAGAAUGAUAUUCGGAAAAAUGGUAAACUCCAAUAUUCACCUAGUGCCCUGCAGCAGUAUAUGGCAGCAGAGCUUAAGUACCAGGAGUCCAUAGAACAAUCACUGAGACAGCUCGGGGAUGUGGAGAGACUGAUGGGUCUUCCUAUUGAUCCCCAGGACGACCAGCAAACGUCUCCACCGUCAAGACAACGAAUGACUUCUCCUUCUGGCUUUCUGGACGCUUCUCCAGCCGCAGAUUUUCUCUCCGAACCCCCUAGAAAUGGUGUCGGACCCAGUAACAGCAGCAGGCCCGCGGGUAAUCUUCAAUAUUCUCCUGCCGCCCUGCAUCAUCAUGUGACGGCUGAGCUUCAGUAUCACGAGUCCGUAGAUGAGUCCUUGAGACAUCUCGGGGAUUUGGAGAGGAUGAUGGGUGUGUCCAUAGCCCAACAGGAAAGUGCUUCAAUGGCGCAAAUCCUCAAGGCCAAGCAGCAGAAAUACGAGAAUGACCUUUAUGAGCAGAAGAUCCAGGCUGAAAGAAAGGCUUUGGAGGCCCAGCUGCAGCGGGAAGAAGACCGGGAGAGGACGGCCCGGGCUCAUGAGGAAUUGCUGGAAAAACUGGUGUUAACUCAAAAAGAGACCGCUGAAGCAGCACGUCACAUCAAAGAGCUGACAGAUCUGGCACGGACUCAAAUCGAAGGAGCUCUGGCUGUGUCUGCUUUUGCGCCUGAGCCUUCGGUUCUGACCAAGCAUCAUCAGAAAAAACCUAGCAAAUCAGAUUCCGACAGCUUCCAGAGAGAAGAAUCGAGUCGAAGCCUCAGUCAUACCGACUCACGACCUGUACAAAGACCCAACCUCAUUGCUGCAGACAAAAGCAGUCCCAACAGCCCCUCACACACACCUUCAGAACAUAUACAGGAGAUGAACAAAGAAGAAGCAGAAUUGGAAUGGAAGAAAGAUGAUGACAAGCGAGCAGACAAGGAAGCGGGCAGCAAUUCAAUAGAGGAGGAAUGUCCUACUGCGGACGACUCCCUUUGCAGCCAAAGCAUCCCCUCUGUAGCUGAUGACAAGGAGUACUCUUUCAAGUUUGAUUCAUCGAGAACGGAGGAUGAGGUGGAAGAGCGCUCCUUCAGCUCUCUGCUGCCGUCCAAGGAGCACCGUCGUAGCUCUUUGGAGAACAGGCCACACCACCACCACCACCACGAGGAUUCAGAGGAUGAAGCUAUAGAUAAAAGCAGAACCUUAGUCUCAGGCUCACAUCAUGUUUCAAAGCACGAGAAUCCGAAUAUAUCCUUUUCUGGAGGAAAAGACAGCUUCUCCCGGUUCACCAUGGACAUGGUGCGUCAGCACAUGAAAGACGAGGACCUGCGAUUGCAGCAUCAGAAUGCUCUGCUGCGGCUACGUCAGAAAGCCGUCAAGGAAAAAAUCCGAACUGAGCUGGCGUGGCUGGAGCACCAGAAAAAGCACUUUAGGAACAAAGGUGAAGAUGACAAACUGCCGCCUCUCAGGAAGAAGCAGAAGGGCCUUUUGUUAAGACUUCAGGAGGAGCAGGCUGAGAUCAAGCGUCUUCAAGAAGCAAAUAAAGUAGCAAGAAAAGAAAAACAGCUGUUGCUGAAGCAGCAAGAGGAGAUUGAGCGAAUGAGGACCUCCACACUGAGACUAAAAGAGCGUCUUAAAUCUGCUGGGGCAGAAGCGCUGCCUGAGUCUCCACUGUCAGAAACGCCGGUUUCAGAAGCAGCGCCUUCCAGCAUGAGACCUACCGACGACAGCCGGACCCCAUCGCCAUCUCCGUCCAUGUCUGCAAGUGAGACCAGCAGCAUCAUGCAGAAGCUCAAGAAGAUGCGUUCUCGCAUGGAUGAAAAACACUGUUCUCCCGUCCACUGCUUCUUCUCUGUGUUCACGGCCCAGCACUGGGCCUCCCUUAUUGUUUGUCUUCCCAACCUUCACCCUAAAUUCCAGCUCUUUAUCUACAACCAGUUGGACAGAUUCCUGACUAAGCGGGAGCAGCAGUUGAUGCAGCGGCGUCAUCACGCCGAAGAGCUGCUGCAGUGGAAAAAGCGGCUCGAUCAAGAGGAGGCAGAGGUCCGGAGGAUAGAAAAAGAGGCCCUGGCUAGUUGGAGAGGUGGCGGUGUCACAUCGGAAAGUCGGAGCAAGACAAUCUCUGAAAUUAUCCCCAAGUCCAGUCACCAUCGAAACUCGGAACCAAAAGCCAUCGGGUAUGUGACCGAGGAUGAUUAUUCCUCAGCAGCAUCCGAGUGCAGCAUCCACACAGAAGGUCCCUUGCAGGAAUCAAGAAGCCCGUCCUCAGCCCCACCUGCAUCAGUGGCUGAAAUGACGCUUGCCUCGAACCCGAGCAGCCCUACAAAUUACAUUGAGGACUUUGCUGCUUCACUCACUCUCAGCAAACAGUCUUCUCCAGUCAAAGGCAGCCCCAAUCGUGCCUCUCCCUCUGAUAUCAAGAGUGCGAGCAAGAUGCAGCUUCACUCUUCACACCAAAUAUCCAAGCAGGCCGCAAAUAAGGGCACGGAAACGACUAUGGCUUCACAGACCGAGCCCAUUUCAGAGCAGAGUGACAUAGAGAGCCGUAUCAAGGCCUUGAAAGAGGAGCUGAGGAAGCGCAAGUCCAUGGCGAGUCAGCUCAAAAGGGAACAGAAGAUGAGGCAGAAGGAACGCCUGAAGGCACAAGAGGCCAGCCUGCUGAAACAACUGGAGACCUAUGACAACUACAUUGGAAAAACUAAGGCAGAACUCAACAAAGAACCUGUGCCAUCACCUCAUAGCAAGUCUCAGAAGAAAGAUCCCAUUUUAGCUGCAGAUCAAUCUGGCCCCUUGUCUCCCAUCAGGUCUGAAACCAGUGAAGUAUCUACUGUGGGGCCAACCAGCGAUUCAUCACUCCACCAAAAUCUUAGCAGAUCUACCUCGGCACCUGAAGAGCUCAACGUUGAAGUGGUGUCUCCUUCCCCUGUACGUGACGGCCCUGAUUUCCUGACCUCGGGUCACGACAGGUUUCACUCACCAGACUCUACUUUAAGACCUUCUACCAAGUCCCAAAUAAUAGAGUCUGAGAAGGAUGACACUGUUUUGGAAUCGCAUUCUGCUGCAGCGGACCUCAUCGCUCACACCAAUGAUAAGCCCCCAUCAGAUCACUCCUGUAGGCUAGACUUGGAUGUCAUUUCCUCGGCACAGGAGGCAACGAUAAGGGAUGUCCAGGCUUCUUCUCCUCUGACAAAUUACCAAGAUGACUUUGAAUCAGCACUUUCGUCACCUAGAAAAGAGCAGCACAUUUCCAAGCCGGACUCUGUUUCUGAAAUCAGGGAUGGCAGUCAAGAUGAAGAGAUUGAAGAGGAAAUUGCUGAAGACUUGAGUCACUCUUCAGUUGCUAGUGGUGAAAGCCACGAAUCUGGACGACUACUUGAUCUUCAGAAAACUGAAGACUCUAACAAUGAUAAUCAGAGCAUUCAUUCCAUCUCCCCAGCACCCAUCGCCGAAUCUCAUAGCCCACUCCCUCCGACUAUCGAUGAAAUGCCAAGUUUCAACGUCGGAGACCGUGUUCUCGUCGGUAACGUCCAACCUGGGACACUAAGAUUCAAAGGUUCAACCAGCUUUGCCGGAGGUUUUUGGGCCGGUGUGGAGUUAGACAAGUCUGAGGGGAGCAAUUGUGGCACCUACAAUGGAGUCGUGUACUUUGAGUGCCAAGAACGUCAUGGGAUCUUUGCUCCUCCUGAAAAGAUCAGCCAUCUGUCUGCUGAGGUUGAUAUCAUCUCAGACGCCGCAGGACACGACAACUUGCACUCAAAUGAUGCGUCAGAGCCGCGUGAGGAUGAACAUAAAAGCGAUGAGGAUGUUACAGAAAAGAUAGAAAUUCUGGAAAAAAGUGAAGAAACCUCUCAAAACGAUGUCAUUGUAGACUUGAUAGUUAACCCGGAACUAAACCUCAAUGACCAGGAAGAACCAAAAGCUGAAACUCACCUCGAAAAUCACAACCAGUCCACGCCACAGAAUGAACUGGAGAUAAGAGACACACUCCAGAAAGAAAAUGUGCUUGACCAGUACUUGCCACCAAGUAGUCCGGAAUUUGAUAUAGUCGAGAAGGACGAGCCUCUUGACCAGUCCACAUCAACAAACAGUCAGGAGAUUUCUGCAGCAGCAGAGAAAGAAGAGGUGAGCCCAGAUAACCAGUUGAUACUUUCUGAGGUUUCCCAGGAAGCUGGUGAUCACAAGGAUGUGCAGAAGGACAGAAUUUCUUCAGUCACUUUAGCCGACAAACUACUGAAUAGCUUUGUGAUUGACACCGUUCAGCAUUUGGUUCAGGUUAAAAAGGCCAAAGAGCAGAAAAUCGAAGCUUCCAAUCAGAUCAGUGAAGACAUCGUCUUGGAAUCAGAGGAACAAGGGCGUAUUUCAUUAUUGGAACCUCAUGAUGGACUAUCAUCCGAGCCGUCCUCGCCAGAGUUUUGUAAUCGACCGGAAAGUCCGAUUUUGGGGGCUAGUGGGCAAGAAGAGCUUGUUAAGCGACUGGCUGAGCUGGAACUGAACCGUGAUCUGCUGGACGAGCUAGGCGACGAUCAGGAUUGGUUUGAUGAGGACUUUGGCCUCAGCUCGCGUAGGGAACAGCAGAGACUCCGACAGAAGGACAAAGAGACAAAACUCGGCGCGGGAAGUUCUGCCUCCUCGGCUGAAGAUACCCUAAGAGGAUUGGCAUCGCACCCAGAUGGAGACCAGCCAGCAAAGACGCCACCAAGACCCGCACUCCCUCUUCCACUACCCCCUAAAGUGCCAGAACCUGUCAUGGUGGUGCCCCACUCAGUCGGCGAGGUCGAAAAGAUGGUCCAUUCUGCCAUUCAGGAGAUCUGGGAGAGCUGUGGCCUUACAAAGGAAGGAAACGUUUCACUAUCGCACAUGACCCGCCCCAAACCUUCCCAAGAGUUUUUCAGUGUUGAGGACAUCACCGACGACACGGAGGCCAUCGCCAUCCGCAGCUACAAAAUGGCUGUGUAUGACCUGACAUGGGAGAUCCUCCAGGACAUCUAUGCUGAAGACCCCAAUGCCAACCAGCCUGAGUGGGUUAAGCCGCAACGAAUCAGGCCCGCCUUUUCCCACAGAGUCAAGACACCAGGAGACAUCAAUAAAGUGCAGGAAUUUGUCACGGAAGAAGUUCUGAAACUUUACGGUUUGGCCAAAAACAAGAGUAAAAAGUCCGACUGGCAGAAGAUGUUGAAAUUUGGUCGAAAGAAACGAGACAGAGUUGAUCAACUACUGGUAAAGGAUCUCCACGAGGAGGAGGCUCAGUGGGUCUGCUACGAAGAAGACGAGCUGUCAGUCAAGAUGCAACUGGCGGACAGCAUCUUCGACUUGUUGCUGAAGGACACGGCAAACUCGCUCCGUCUCAUCACCAAGAGGGCCGCCAUCAGUUGAAUGUAAUCCUCUUUAAAUAUGUACAUGGGUGGAAAGCGUAAUAGGGUUGCUGAUAGACCAAAAAAAAAAAGUGUGUAUAUAGCAACCAAACGUUGGACUCGAAACAUUUUAACAUACUUUUAAUUUCAGUAACUGAAAUGUCACUGAACGGAAAGAUGUCGACUGCUCUCAAAUCGGGACAGCACAGAAAUGAUCUAAAGUAUUUUAUUUAUAUACUUAAAAAAAUAAUAAUAAUAAUUGAAUAGAAAUUAUAGUCUGCAAUUGUAUAUUAUCCUGUCAAGAUAUAUAAAAAGGAGAAUUUUAAUUUUUUUUUUCAAAGAAAAUUAUAAAAGCACAAUUAUGAAUGUGGCAAUAGACUGUCAGAGAUUUAAGAGAAAGAAAAGAACAUUUUUAGUAUUUAAAACUCACGGUAAUGAUAAAAGUGUCCCACUUUUGUGCUGUGUGUCGAUUGUAACUAUCCAUACAGCCUGCAAGUAAAAUACUACUGAUAUCCUUUUUAGGCGAUUGAUUCUUAGUUGCUUUUGUUUACUUCUCUACAGCAGGUGUAUGAUGCUCUCAAGUGCACUACAUAUUAGCAUACAGUGUGAAAGUGGGACACCAAAAAAAAAGAUUGCGUACUGUACUACGGUACUGAAAUGCUGGAUUUGAGCCCCCCCCCCCCUACAACAACACCUGCUUUUCGUAAAGCGAACGUUUGGUUAGCGCAGCGUCUCCUCAUCCUCAGUGCUGCAAAACAUUUAACCAAGAGCUGCCGAGAACAGGUGACGACGGUCAACAUUCUGUUCAAGUGCCUCCUUUACGUUUAAACAACACUGUGUUUGAUGGCUCAGCGUAUUUUCCACCUCCCUUGAAUGUCCUAUUUUCCAACUGCUGUAAACGGUCCUUUUGAAAUUCUUCUACUCUUAAGCGGUUUACCAAGUACAGCCUCGUUGACUUCAGUUUUGGCCUUAUCGCUCCCGAUAUGUCACCGUUUGUUUUUUUUAACCUUCUUGUGUUUCUGUGCCUCAGCCCGAUGUCUGUAAACACAGUUGAGCGGUCACUAUGACAGUACCGAAUGAGCACACCGUCUCCCAUCACUCGUGAUCCAGUAGUCUUUUUCUAGCUCAUUAUGGGUAAGAGAGCUCUUUACUUUCUGACAUUUUAAGCUGAAGUGACCUUAACUUAAACCUGUUUAUACCUUCAAUGUUUUCUUUUUAUAUAGUCGCUGGUUAGAUAAUGUACCAAAAAUGUGAUGCAAACCACAACCCUCCCAGAUUGUCUUCUUAAAUCGAUUGUAUAUUGGAGAAAAUAACCUUCUCUGUUGUAACUAUGCAGUGCUUCUUGUUGUAGACUGAACAACUUUUUUUAGAUCUAUCAUCUUGGUGUAGAGGGGAAACUUUUCCAGAAGAUCAUGUAAUAUCUGGUCCUGGUAAGAGUUAAGUUAACCCCAUCCCGCUAAUUCCCCCCUUUUAUUUUUUUGAACUGUCAAAUAUUUAUAUUAUUGUUCCGUGAAUGUGCACCAAGUGCACUUGGCUUGUAUAAUACUUUUAUUGGGUGUAAAUAUCCAGUAAGUCCAUCAGACCCAUUUUUACUGACUUCUCAGUGAUUGUUGGCGAAUGAACGGUUUACUUUGCAAGCAUGUACAUAAUAUUUGUAGACUUUGGAAUUGUAAAUAAAGCUUUGUUUGUAAAGCAA